CGUCCUACAUUACUGGGGUGUAGCGGUGAGAAAGAAAUCUCACAGAUCCUUCCCCGUGCCCGGCAAGGGCCUGCUACUUCCCGGCCUACUUUCCGGUGUGGUACCUACAGCCUCGGUGCCGGCAACGGCCACUUAUCUGGUUCUGCUGAGCCCCGAGCCUGGACGGCGGGCGGCGCGGGCCUUGCGGAGAAGACUCUCUCUCUCUCUCUCAUCCUGGGUGCUCUGCCCUACAUUACGGGGACUGGCGCGUGAUUCCAAUGUCGGAGUCGGGGAAGCCUUAUUACGUUGGGAGUGGAUGCGCGAGAGAGGGUUGGAGACGUUCUGCUGUCUCAGUCAGCUCUGGGCGGGUGCUGCGGUGAUCAACGUCUGUCGUUAUUGUCUCUCCGGUCCUUUAUGGACUAGAGGUGGGAGAAGGGAGUCGGAUGUGGUGUUCGGAAUGAUACUCGGAGCAGUUUUUCUGUCGAAGCCCAAAGCAUGCUCCGCACUUUGGCUAUGGUUCUUACUCAUCAUUUGGGGACGUUUACAAAGGAGAACUUAAAAUCAAGAUAUUCACAUCUCUUAAAACAAUGAGUUACAAGGCACCAAUAGUUCUGGAUCAUUGGGUGGUCUUGAUGUUCGAAGACGAAUUCCUAUAAAGCUCAUCUCCAAACAAGGGAACAAAGCCAAAGCUUCACCUCGCAAUCCACGGACCAUAAACAGAAUGCCUGCAAAGGCUCCCCCUGGUGAUGAAGAAGGAUUUGAUUAUAAUGAAGAAGAACGGUAUGACUGUAAAGGGGGUGAACUGUUUGGAAAUCAGCGAAGAUUUCCUGGACACCUUUUUUGGGACUUCCAGAUAAACAUCCUAGGUGAGAAGGAUGAUACACCAGUUCAUUUCUGUGACAAAUGUGGAUUGCCUAUUAAGAUCUAUGGACGAAUGAUUCCAUGCAAGCAUGUUUUUUGCUAUGACUGUGCUAUUUUACAUGAAAAAAAGGGAGAUAAGAUGUGUCCAGGCUGUAGUGAUCCUGUGCAGCGAAUUGAGCAGUGUACACGAGGUUCUCUCUUCAUGUGUAGCAUUGUUCAAGGGUGCAAGCGAACGUACUUGUCUCAGAGAGACUUGCAGGCUCACAUCAACCACCGCCAUAUGAGAGCUGGAAAACCCGUUGCCCGUGCUUCGCUCGAAAAUGUUCAUCCUCCUAUUGCCCCACCACCAGCCGAAAUCCCUGAUCGUUUUAUCAUGCCGCCAGACAAGCAUCACAUGAGCCAUAUUCCGCCAAAACAGCACAUCAUGAUGCCACCGCCUCCUUUGCAGCACGUGCCGCACGAGCACUAUAAUCAGCCCCACGAGGAUAUUCGUGCUCCUCCCGCAGAAUUGUCCAUGGCUCCACCUCCACCUCGUUCGGUCAGUCAGGAAACCUUUCGUAUUUCAACAAGGAAACACAGCAAUUUAAUAACUGUCCCCAUUCAGGAUGACUCCAACUCAGGUGCUAGAGAACCACCACCUCCUGCCCCAGCACCUGCUCACCACCACCCCGAGUAUCAGGGCCAGCCUGUGGUGUCGCACCCUCAUCAUAUCAUGCCUCCACAGCAGCAUUACGCACCUCCUCCCCCACCCCCUCCUCCAAUAAGCCAUCCAAUGCCACACCCGCCCCAGGCCGCAGGUACUCCUCACUUGGUUUACAGCCAAGCUCCACCUCCUCCAAUGACCUCUGCUCCUCCGCCAAUAACCCCUCCCCCAGGACAUAUCAUGGCCCAGAUGCCACCUUAUAUGAACCAUCCUCCUCCGGGACCUCCCCCACCUCAGCAUGGUGGUCCACCUGUAACUGCACCCCCACCUCACCAUUACAACCCUAACUCUCUACCCCAGUUCACUGAAGAUCAAGGAACUCUGAGCCCUCCAUUCACACAGCCAGGGGGCAUGAGCCCUGGCAUAUGGCCGGCACCCAGAGGGCCGCCGCCACCUCCACGAAUGCAGGGCCCGCCUUCUCAAACCCCACUGCCUGGACCACAUCAUCCAGACCAGACAAGAUACAGACCGUAUUACCAGUGAAGAGAGCAUGUUGAACUGAAGAGAGGAGAAAGUACCUAUGUAUAGUCAAUCUUUUAAUUAAGCUUUGACUGUUUGGGGAAGGAAAACGCCUCUUAUUGAGGUGGCUCUAAAACACUUAGGGUCUUCUCUCUUAAAAUGGUUUUAAAGCUACACCUUAGGAUUAAUUUCAAGUACUAUACUGUAGUGCAGAUAAGUGGCUCAGUGGAGCACGGCUAUAUUUUAACAACUUUGUUCCUGUAGUGUGGUAAAUUGACCCAGAGGUGACCAUUUGUAAAAAAUUUGAAAUAAGUUUUUCAUCGUUCCACUUUUCAAAAGUAUUGCUUUUGUUAAACCCUGUUUAGUUUUUCUUGUGAUACAUUUUGUUAACCUGUGUAAAAGGAUUAAAUUUCAAUAUGGUUGUAAAAAUGCUAUUUUUAUGUGACUUUAAGUGCAGCCACAUACUGUUUUUUAAAACCAUAUGUUUUACCACUAAUUUCCCAAAGUUACAAUAAAAACCUAAAAGUAAAAAUCUACUAGAAUUUACUGUAAGGCAGACUGUUAAAUGGUAGAGAAUGAUUUCACAUUUUAGGCACUGAAAUUUUGAGGUAUAUGAAGUAUAUAAUGCACUUCACUUGGAGGCCUUUUCAUCUUCAGGCAGCCUCAGGAGCACCAAAAUACAUUGAAAUUCCAGACUAAAACCUGUUUGUAAUAUUAAAGGGCAUUACUAGUUAUUUGAAAAGAUACAACCAAAGUCAUUGACUCUACAGGCUCCAAGCUGUUGGGGGAUAGAUACUGUUAUUCAUUAAUGCUUUUUACUGAAUGGUUGGAAUCAUGAUUCACUACACAUUAAUCUUAAGUAACAUUAUUUUAUAGAACUGUUUAAAUGGUGUUCUUUAGAUGAAGUGUGUUCCACUUUGCUCAUUGUCUUAAACUAAAUAUUUAGGGCUGAAUGGGCGUUAUGUAAUUACUCAGUUCAUGGUAGAGUUUGAUCCUGCGCCUUAAGUGGGGUCUUGUUUCUUGGGUUUUCAUUUACAAUUGGAAUGCCAUGGAGGGAUUUUGAAUACUGUAUGAAUGAAAGACAUUCCUGUAGUCACAAACUGGCAUUGCCCAGAUUUCGCUACUGUGUGUAAGGGUUCUUCUAACUUGAAAUUUAAAAACUAUUGAUGAUUUCCUUUUUCUUUUACUGGUUAAGCAGUCUUAACGCUUGGGACAUGUUAGCGUGGAGUCAACAGUGAAGACUACCAGAUGAUUUUGUAUGGGCCAAGAGAAAAGCAGUGACUAAGUUGUGAAUUUCAGUGCUUUACAAGGUGCCUUUAGAGUCAGCUUUUGCAUUAUAGGGCUUGUUACAGUCCAGCUAAGAUGACCACUUACAGUUUCUACAGAACUGAUAUGUACAAUUCAAUAUUCUUAGGAUAUUGUAUAUCCUUUGAAUAAACCCCUGUGAAGUAUUUUCCUCCCCCACUAAAAUGGUGCAUAAUAUAAACAUGAAAUGUGUAGUAUGCAGAUAUCAUUUAUUAAAUAGUUUGUAGUGUAUAAAUUUAGAACAUUUCUUUUUGACAAAGGGUGAAAUGAUUGCUAAUUUACCAUUUAAUUCUGUCAGGUACAGGCAAAAUAACUUCUCAUCUUGGAUAAUCAGAUGCAAAGUCAUCUGAACUUAGAGCUGAAGUUAGAAAUAAUAUAAAUGGCCAUUUAAACCAUGACCAGUCAAAAAAACUAAUACACUUUUUUUAAGUUAAGUGGUUUUUCACACUUAACAAUUUGAGAGUCCGGUGUUAAUGUAAUAUUUCUAAUGAGAAAUUUUUGUUAUUAGAAGCAUGGGAGUGAAAUAGUGUGAAAAGUUGGUGAGUACUUCUAUCAUAUUACUGUAGGUACUUGGACUGGUGCAAACUUGAUUCCCUUUCAUGCCCCUUUUUAGGAGCUGUUAAAAUAUUACUGUUGAAAUCCAAUACCAUUCUUUGUUUCAUGUAAUACGAAAAUAGCCAAAUUCACUCUAGAGCUUCUCAGCUAUUUGUGAAGAGCUCUUCUGUUUUUAUUGAAAUUCGCUAGAGUUGAUUGUGGUACAAAACCACUUAGCCUAUGUAUUGGACAAAAAAUUAGUAUGCUAAAAUUCCACAUGUUAAGAGAAUUCUCGUAGGCUUUUUAAAAAAUGAUUAUUUUCAGUUAGGUUUAAGAAAUGUAAUGCAGAAAGGCAGAUCAGAUGAAUUUUUAGCAGACAACAUUUUAAAAUGGUGACCUGAAUUCAUCCAGUUAUUGUUUGAAUGAAGGUGGGUGGGAAGAAGGAUAAAAAAAAAAAAUCACUGUUCGUGUUUCUUUCCUUAAAGAAAAAGAUGUGAAUCCCAGCGUUAUAUCAGGGAAGCCUUUGAAUCUAUGAUGGACAUAAGUCUAAAUUAAAUGUAUGUAUGUUUCAUUAUAUUGCUCUUAAGACUACUGAGGUGGCAGUUUAAUUCUUAAAAACAAUAAAAUGGAAGCAUAAAUACUA